AUGACGCAUAGAGUCUCAUUUCCGUCCAGCCAGAGUCGUCGUCGCGACCUGAGCACGGCCCUCCUCCUCCUCUCGCUCGUCCUGCUCUCGUCUCUCCACGCGGCGAUGGCCUUCCGCUUCUCCGCGGGGCUCCGCGCGGACAAGCUGCGCGGGAUGAUGCGCGGAUCGGCGCAAGGCGGACGCUCGACCGGCCAGCAGCAACAACAGAGCACCGGAACGAGCGGCGGAGGCAUGGGUGGCGGCGGAAUGGGCGGAGGCGGAAUGGGUGGCGGCGGAAUGGGCGGCGGCGGAAUGGGCGGCGGCGGCAUGGGCGGCGGUGGCAUGGGAGGCGGCGGAAUGGGCGGCGGCGGAAUGGGCGGUGGCGGAAUGGGCGGCGGCGGAAUGGGCGGCGGCGGAAUGGGCGGCGGCGGAUCGAGUUAUCGCUAG